GUGCAGCUGGGUCCAACUCGAGGGGUGUGUGUGGCAUUUCAUUAUCUCACGUACGUAGACGUGAGAAGAUCGGCCGGGCGUGGGACAGAGGGCGAUGCAAUCACACGUGCAAUCGUCUCAGCUUUGCCCGGGCGCACCCAAUCAGGCGUCGGCUCGUAUUGGCAGAGGGGGGAUGCCUGCGUCUGUCGAAACGCAGCGCGACGUCAGGCUGCGAUCUUCACCACCACCUGUGACAUGGAGAUUGAUGGGAAAUGUUGUUAUUGUUGCCCGGCAUUCUGUCAUCCCCCCGCCUUUUCCCUCAUGCUGGGCUAAUAAGACGAGCCAGCGGGAGUGCCCGUCGAGCCUCGCGUCAUCCCCUCACUCUCCCCUGCAGCGGGACGACGGUGCGGCCAUCAACACCAGACAUUCCCUAUACAACCAUGUCCACACCUACCUAGACAUACAUCCCUUCCAUCCAUCCUCCCUCGCACCACACACACACACACACACACCCAGCCAACCAGGCAUGAAUGGCUGUGAGACCCUCCCCCCCUCUUAUACCACCACCGUAUAUAUAGCUCCGUAUCAUGACACGCGCCCUACCCGCGCAACCAUCCCUUCAUCUACCCUUGUACGAAGCGGCCUGGUCCGCGCUGCCAGUACACGGACAAGAUGCACCCAAGAUACAUCUACAAUAUGCAGCAAGGGCGAUCUUUCUAUUACCAUGGCUUCGUUUUACGCCCGUAUCCUGCCCGCCGGGUCUUGGUCCGCCCGCUCGCUCUCCACUCCGCAUGGUCUUCUCUCACAUGCUCGACGCGGCAGAGAGCGAGCGUGCGGAAGUUCCAUGUUCCGCCUGCCGAGUAGGUAGUCGUGAUACCUAAGGUAGUUUCCCGUCAACUGUCAAUUUUGACUUUCAACGCCAAAAAUAGGCGCGCAUAUACGAGCGUGUUGGCUGUCAAUGUCAAACAACGCCCUCGUCUGACGCAGGAUUCUUUUCUCGACCAGCAGUGCCAUCCUCGAGGAUUCAACGCGACCCCAGCAAACCUUGAACUGCCG